AUGGCAGGGGGGUGGCCCUCCAGGGGGAGAUUCCUCUUCUGCCUCACUGUCAGCCUUCUGCUUCCAAGACAAGGUGACACUUUCACCAUCAAUUGCUCAGGCUUUGACCAGCACGGGCUGGAUCCCUCUGCCUUCCAAGCAGUGUUUGACAGAAAGGCCUUCCGUCCCGUCAUCAACUACAGUAUGCCCACGCAUGUCAACAUCUCCUUCACCCUCUCUGCCAUCCUGGAAGUGGAUGCACAGCUCCAGCUACUGACAACAUUCUUAUGGAUGAAUUUGAUGUGGGACAAUCCUUUUAUUAGCUGGAAUCUGGAAGACUGUGUCAGCAUGGAUAAGCUCAGCAUAUCAGCUGAAAACCUGUGGCUCCCAGACAUCUUCAUCAUGGAAUCCAUGAAUGUGCAGCGGGCCCCUGCAGGUCUCACCGCGUAUGUCAGCAGCAAAGGUCGAGUCAAGUACGACAUGCCUGUGCGGGUGAACAGCAUUUGCAACCUGGAUAUCUUCUACUUCCCUUUUGACCAACAGAACUGCACUUUCACCUUCAGUUCCUUCCUCUACACAGUGGAGAGCUUGCUACUGGGCACGGACAGGGAAGUAUGGGAGAUCGCAGAAACGUCUCAGGACAUCAUUCAGACCCAGGGAGAGUGGGAACUCCUGGGCAUCAGCAAGGCCACCCCAAAGAUAUCGGUGGGCACCAGUGUGUAUGACCAACUCAUGUUCUAUGUGGCCAUCAGGCGCAGGCCCAGCCUCUACAUUGUAAACCUCCUGGUGCCCAGCAGCUUUCUGGUUGCCAUCGACGCCCUCAGCUUCUACCUCCCGGCAGAAAAUGAGAACCGGGCCCCAUUCAAGAUAACCCUUCUGCUGGGCUACAACGUCUUCCUGCUCAUGAUGAAUGACUUACUCCCCAACAGUGGCACCCCCCUCAUCAGUGUCUACUUUGCCCUGUGUCUGUCCCUGAUGGUGGUCAUGAAGAACUAUAUUAUCUACAGAAAAUACCGUAUUUCAUACUUACACCUCUCACAAAGUCUCUACUCUACAGGAAGGGCAAACUCCUUCACCAUCAAUUGCUCAGGUUUUGACCUGCAUGGGGUGGACCCUGAUGUCUUUCAAACUAUCUUUAGCCAGAAGGACUUCCGUCCAGUCAUCAACUACAGCAUCCCUACUCAUGUCAACAUCUCCUUCACCCUGUAUGCCAUCCUGGAUGUGGAUGCACAGCUUCAGCUACUGACAUCAUUUCUGUGGCUUAAGAUGACUUGGAAUAACCCGUUUAUCAGCUGGGACCCAGAAGAGUGUGGUGAUCUCACUAAGCUCACUGUGACAACUGAGAACCUGUGGCUCCCAGACAUCUUCAUUGUGGAAUCCACGGAUGUGGAUCAGACCCCAGAAGGCCUCUCGGCAUAUGUGAAUCACAAUGGUCAUAUUGUAUAUUACAAACCAGCGCGGGUAACCAGCAUCUGUAACCUGGACAUAUUCUACUUCCCCUUUGAUGAACAGAACUGCACCCUCACCUUUAGUUCAUUCCUCUACACAGUGGAAAACCUGUUGCUGGGCAUGGACAAGGAAGUAUGGGAGAUAACAGAUACCUCGCGCAGAAUUGUCAACACACAAGGGGAGUGGGAGCUCCUAGGCAUCAACAAGGCCACCCCGAAGAUGUCUGUGGGCACCAGUCUGUUCGACCAGAUCAUGUUCUAUGUGGCCAUCAGGCGCAGGCCCAGCCUCUACGUCCUAAACCUCCUGGUGCCCAGCGGCUUUCUGAUUGCCAUUGAUGCCCUCAGCUUCUACCUGCCGGCAGAAAAUGAGAACCGGGCCCCAUUCAAGAUAACCCUUCUGCUGGGCUACAAUGUCUUCCUGCUCAUGAUGAAUAAACUACUCCCUGCUAGUGGCUCCCCGCUCAUCAGUGUCUACUUUGCCCUGUGUCUGUCCCUGAUGGUGGUCAGCCUGCUGGAGACCAUCUUCAUCACCUACCUGCUGCACCUGGCCACCACACAGCCCCCACCCAUGCCUCGCUGGCUCCACUCUCUGCUCCUCUACUGUGCCCGCCCAUUCAAGUGCUGCCCCACUGGGACCUGGAAGGAGAAUAUGGGUACAGGUCUCAUUUCUACUCACCUGCCACGCCUGAAGGAGCCAGAGGAGUUGGGACCCAGAGAGGCAAAACUGAAUGUGGGUUCAGGAUUGACAAGGGUCCAGCUAACUGAGCUGUGGGUGCAAUUUGGCCAUAUGAUGGACACUUUCCUCUUCCGCCUCUACUUGCUCUUCUUGGCCUCUUCCAUCAUCACCAUCAUUAUCCUCUGGAAUACCUAG